AUGGCUACCAAUAGUAAAGCAUUUCCUUUAGCUGAUGCUAACCUUACGAAUCAAAUCCUUGAUCUUGUUCAACAAGCUUCUCAUUAUAAACAAUUAAGAAAAGGAGCCAACGAAGCUACUAAAACUUUAAAUCGAGGGAUUUGUGAAUUCAUUGUGCUUACUGCUGAUACCGAUCCAAUUGAAAUUCUCUUACAUCUUCCAUUAUUAUGUGAAGAUAAAAAUGUUCCAUAUGUAUUUGUUCCAUCCAAGACUGCUCUUGGUAGAGCUUGUGGUGUGACUCGAGCUGUGAUUGCUUGCUCAGUAACGACCAACGAAGCUAAAGAAUUACAACAACAGAUCGAAAGUGUCAAGAGUCAAAUCGAACGUUUGUUAAUCUGA